AUGGGCAAAGAAAACCACACUAAUCUGACCGAAUUCAUCUUGUUGGGCCUUUCUUCAGAUCGUCAAAUGCAGAUUCUGCUCUUCGUGGUAUUUCUCAUCAUCUACCUGCUGACUGUGUUUGGAAAUCUGCUCAUCGUGCUCCUAAUUCAUGCUGAUUCUGGACUUCAUACACCAAUGUACUUCUUUCUUAAGAACCUGUCAUUCACGGAUCUCUGUUUCUCUACAACUAUUGUUCCCAGGAUGCUGUUACAUUUUAUGGUUAUGAAAAAGACCAUUUCCUUUGCUGGGUGUUCAAUUCAGAUGUUUUUCUUCCUUACAAUGGGCUGUACAGAGAGUUCACUUCUAGCAGUGAUGGCCUAUGACAGAUUUGUAGCUGUCUGCAAGCCCCUACACUACUCCACCAUCAUGACCCAAAGAGUUUGCAAUUUGCUAGCCACAGGGUCGUGGACUAGUGGUGUGUUAGUGUCUUUAGUAGACACCACCUUCACAUUACGUCUCCCGUAUCAGGGAUCGAAUGUCAUAAAUCACUAUUUUUGUGAGCCUCCUGCACUCUUGAUGCUGGCUUCUGAAGAAACGUACGAAGCUGAGAUGGCCAUUUUUGUAAUGGGCAUUGUCAUCCUCUUAGGUCCUGUCUCUCUGAUCCUUUUCUCCUACUGGAACAUCAUCUCAGCUGUGAUUCAGAUACGGUCAGGGAAUGGGAGACUCAAGGUCUUCUCUACCUGUGGCUCUCACUUUAUUGUUGUUAUCUUCUUCUAUGGGUCAACAAUAUUUACCUACAUGCAGCCAAAUGCAAAGAAAGUGGCUAAGGGGAAUAAGGUGAUCUCAGUGUUCUACUCAGUCAUGACAUCCAUGAUGAACCCAUUCAUUUAUAGCCUGAGAAACAAGGAUGUAAAGGAGGCUUUUAGGAAAGUGUUUAAAAGAUAA